AUGACUGAGAACUACUCUCCAAGUCCUGGGGCAAAUCAAGACUCUGUUCAUAGCAUAGCAUUUCUGUCCCAAAGAGAUUUAGGGCUUGCAGUUCCGGUGAAUUUUGUUUCUUCGCCUCUUGUAUCGCUAUCCGCUGCCUGCUUUCCUUUCAACAGGUUUGAAGAUGCAGAUUCUGCUGAUUGCAUCUCCAAUCUGUUAGCCGUUGGAUUCCGGCGGUUUGCAAUUGACUUGUAUUGGGACCAGGCAAGAAAGGUGUGGUCUUUCUGUCCAGCCGCGGUACCCACGUCAACUUCCCCCGCCAGUUCUGUUCUGGGAGGUACACAGGCUAGUCAAAGCCCUCAAAGUACUACCGCAAGCCUUACUAGUGUCUCAACUGCUGCGACAAGUCCAACUCUCCAAAAAAGACAGGAUGGAGAAGACUCUUCUCAAACUCCAACAACUUCUAGUGCGCCGGUUACAUCAGACUUGAGCUCCGUCACAGGGACCUCCACCGGUUCUGGAGAAACUCAACCAACCGCCACAGACUCUAUUGAGGACUCAGAUGCUUCGCUCAUUUCAAUUGGACCUUAUAGCUGUACCACUUCAAUCAAUCUCUCUACGCUCAUCACGCAAUUAAGGGACUAUUUCAUCCAGACUGAUGAUACCAUCAAUGCUAGUUUGUUGUACUUCUAUAUAAACGUACAUGCAGCAGCUCCCACAGCAAACCCGCUUUCCAGCCCACCUUCAUCCACAAGCUUACCAAGUCAAGAAGUGUUGAUUGGGAAUCUUUUUGGUCAAAGCCUAUCUGACUACAUUUAUACACCUACGGAUUUGGCUGCAAACCGAAGAAAUGUCAACGGAUCAUGGCUUACGGUUGCUGAGCGGUACCGACCUGCCGAAGAAUUCUAUACCGUCACGUUGAACGAGUUUGAUCAGGCAUCUACCAAAGACGGGUGGCCUUCCGAGAGCUACAUCGAAUUCUCCCGGAGAAAAAGGCUUCUCCUUGGAUGGGGAAGUAUUGAUCCCCAACUGACAAGAUACAAUUUCAGUGGAGAUGCUUCCAAUAUUUUCCCGCAGAACUUCAUCACGAAGCCCGUUAAUGUCACGACAUCAUCCACUGGUCAAGUGACUUCAGGCUGCUUCAUCCGUCCAAACACAGAAAACAUUCAAGUCGCAGCUGUGAACACCUCGUGGGCUACUGCAUCGGUGUCUGACUUUCCCAGCCCGUCAGGUUCAGAUCUCGCACCUGUUUUGAGUCUAACCUCAAAUCUAACAGCCUGUGGCAUUUCUCCAGUUCUGAACAGCACUUUACUCAACGUGACGGCCCGGCAAGAUUUUCGACCCUAUCAAUCUUUUGCAUAUGCAUCCAUCUGGUCGUGGGCAUCCUCAGAACCGCAAAGUCAUAACUCUUCGAACUAUCGCUGUGCCUUAACAUCCACUUCUCGCCAGGGACGCUGGAUUGUAGCAGACUGCCGUGGAGACUACUACGCAGCUUGUCGAGCAUCUAGGCAACCGUAUAAUUGGACUACAUCUUCACGAACUGUUUCAUAUGAAUCUGCAGAAGACGCCUGUCCUUCAGACUUUGAAUUUGCGGCUCCGAGGACGGCAUUGGAGAACAGCUUCUUGACCCAGGCAAUGGUAGUCGGUAACAAAGCGAAUACUUGGGUUGAUUUCAACGCGAUUGAUCGACAAGAUUGCUGGGUUAUGGGUGGUGCAGAUGCGACUUGUCCAUAUAAGCUGGCGAGUUGGGAUCAGGAUUAUACCCGACGACGUGCUAUCCUGGUACCAACUGUGGCCGCAUGUAUAACGUUACUCGUCACCGCUUUAACAAUUUUCGUAAAAGCAGCUGGUAAUCGAAAAACCAGGAAACGAACAAGAAAGAGAGCGGUAAACGGGUUUGUUUACGAAGGAGUUCCUUCCUAA